AUGGCGAAGAAGACGAAGAAGGAUAAAGAUGCUAAGAAGGCGCGUUCCGAGGCAAAAUCGAAGAAGAACCUGUUGAAAGCUGCCAGUAAAGAUCAGAAGCGUGUUAAAAAAUUUGGACUGGAUUCUGAUGACGAGGAGGAUUUGGAUAUCGAUACCAUUCUGCAAAACUUCAAGUUGGAGCAAGAGCAAUUUGAGAAGGUUGUCGUGGAAUUGGUACCGCAUCCAACACCUCGUAACAAUGCAUGCCUUGUCACCAAUGCCUCGAAACCGGAACUGCUUCUUUUCGGAGGUGAAAGGACCAAUAACGAAACAAACAUGACCAAGUUUUACAACGACUUGCACGUUUACAACCCACAGAAUAACCAAUGGAAAAAAUUCACCUCACAGAACUCCCCAAUGCCGCGGUCUUCAGCGGCAAUGUGCUCACAUCAGUCAGGUGUGACGAUUCUUUUCGGUGGGGAGUUCAGUUCUCCCAAACAAAACACUUUUUACCAUUACAACGAUACGUGGCUGCUUGAUAAUACCACUAGAGAAUGGAGUAAAUUGGAUUUCAAGAAUGGUCCCAGUGCUCGGUCUGGUCAUAGAAUUACUACGUGGAAGAACUAUUUCAUUCUCUUUGGUGGGUUCAAAGAUUUGAACCAAGGUACUUCGUACUUUAACGACGUUUGGUUGUUUAACGUCGUGGACUUCAAAUGGACGAAAUGGGAAACGACCAACAAGAACCAACCGGACCCACGUUCAGGACAUUCCUGGAUUGGUUCCAACGAGGGACCAAUCGUUUAUGGUGGGUAUUGUAAAGUGAAGGCUAAAAACAACAAGUCUCUACAUAAGGGUAAAACACUUACUGAUUGUUGGAUUUUGAAGAUGAGCCAGAACGUCAAUGAGAUCAAAUGGGAACGUCGAGCCAAGAAGGGACAACAACCGUCACCACGUGUUGGUUGUUCGAUGGCACUUCAUAGAAACAAUAGGGGUAUUCUUUUUGGAGGUGUUUACGAUUUAGAGGAGACGGAGGAGGAUCUAAGUUCCAUUUACUACAAUGAUCUAUACUCGUACAACAUAGAAUCCAACAGAUGGUAUCCUUUGAAACUGAGAAAGGUUACUCAAAAUAGUAAUGCUAAUAGGAAUAAGUCAAGUAACAACACGGUUUCCAAGGAGCAAGAAAAGGAGCUACAAGAUUUGCUAAACAAAAUUUUGGAGCAAAAUGACUUGAAGGAUGAGGAGACUAACAGCUAUUCAGGAUCGAAUACACCUCAUGAAGAAACAACGACUGACCGAGAACAAGAUGACAACGAGGAAGAGGAAAAAAUGCGCACAAACUUACCGAAACUGAACCAACUACCGCACGAACGGUUCAAUGCGUGUACUACUGUCCUCAAUGAUACAUUUUAUAUAUACGGUGGUAUGUGGGAGUUCAAGGAUAACGAUUACACUAUUGACUCCUUCUAUAGCAUCGAUUUGAACAAGCUGGAUGGUAUCACCCAAUAUUAUGAAAACCUACAGGAGAUAGAAGAAGUUAAGAGGCUAGGCGAUGUUCAAUCUGAAGAUGAUUUCGAAUACGAAGAUGAUGACGAUGAAGACGACGGUGAAGCGGAACCGACGAACGAGAGGUUGGAGGCUGAAGAUGACGAUGAGGAAGAAAAUGAGGAGGAUGAAGGUAUCGAUGAAAUGGAGAUACCUGAUCCAAGACCAUGGUUGCCUCAUCCUAAGGCAUUUGAAUCGUUACGUGAGUUCUACAUUCGUGAAGGUCCAAAGUUCUUGGAAUGGGCAAUCUCCAAUAACAAGCAUGCCAAAGGUAAGCACCUGAAGCAAAAAUCGUUUGAAUUAUGUCAGGACCGUUGGUGGGAAAGACGGGAUCAAAUUCAAAUUGAGGAAGAUAAACUACAAGAACUGGGUGUGGGGGGCGAUAUCAUUGAAAGAGAUGCCCAAUCUCCUCCUACGGCUAGGAGAAGGUGA